AUGAGCUCUGUCUUCUUUCAGGUGUCUUCUUUCAUGACUAUGUCUUCUUUCAGGUGUCUUUCUUUCAUGAGCUCUGUCUUCUUUCAGGUGUUUUCUUUCAUGAGAUAUGUCUUCUUUCAGGUGUCUUCUUUCAUGACCCUGUCUUCUUUCAUGGUGUCUUCUUUCAUGUUUUUUCUUUCGUGUCUUCUUUCAGGUGUCUUCUUUCAUGACCCUUUCAGUGUCUUCUUUCUCAGCUAUGUCUUCUUUCUUUCUGUCUUCUUUCAGGUGUCUUCUUUCAUGAGAUAUGUCUUCUUUCAGGUGUUUUUUCUUUCUUUCAUGACUUUCUGUCUUCUUCUUUCAGGGGUCAUCUUUCAGGUGUCUUCUUUCAUGACCUGUGUCUUCUUUCAUGUUUUCUUUCAUGAGCUCUGUCUUCUUUCAGUGUCUUCUUUCAGGUGUGUUUUCUUUCAUGAGCUCUGUUCUUUCAGGUUUCUUUGUGUCUUCUUUCAUGAGCUGUGUCUUCUUUCAGGUGUUUUCUUUCAUGAGAUCUGUCUUCUUUCAGGUGUCUUCUUUCAGGUGUCUUCUUUCAUGUCUUCUUUCCACGUCUUCUUUCAUGAGUGUGUCUUCUUUCAUAGGUGUUCUCUUCUUUGGUUUUCUUUUCAUGAGAUGCGUCUUUCUUUCAGGUUUUUUUUUUUCAUGAUAUGUCUUCUUUUCAUGUCUUCUUUCAGACCUGUUUUCUUUCAGGGCUAUGUCUUCUUUCAGGUGUUUUCUUUCAUGAGAUAUGUCUUCUGUCUUCUUUUUCAUGGUGUGUCUUCUUUCUUUCAUCUUUCCCGUGUCUUCUUUCAUGAGCUGUGUCUUCUUUCAGGUGUUUUCUUUCAGGUGUUUUCUUUCGUCUUCUUUUUCAGGUGUCUUCUUUCAUGUUUUCUUUCUUCUUUUCAUGAGCUGUGUCUUCUUUCAGGUGUUUUCUUUCAUGAGCUCUGUCUUCUUUCAGGUGUUUUCUUUCAUGAGCUUCUUUCAUGUCUUCUUUCAGGUGUUUUUUCUUUCAUGAGAUAUGUCUUCUUUUUCAGGGGUCUUCUUUCAGACCUCUGUGUCUUCUUUCAGGUGUUUUUCUUUCAUGAGCUCUGUCUUCUUUCAGGUGUCUUCUUUCAUGACCGUGUCUUCUUUCAUGAGCUGUGUCUUCUUUCAGAUGUUUUCUUUCAUGAGAUUCUUUCAGGGGUCAUCUUUCAGGUGUCUUCUUUCAUGACCUGUGUCUUCUUUCAUGAGCUGUGUCUUCUUUCAGGUGUCUUCUUUCAGGUGUGUCUUCUUUCUUUCAUGACCUGUCUUCACUGGGUCUUCUUUCAUGAGAUAUGUCUUCUUUCAGGUGUGUCUUCUUUCAUGACCCGUGUCUUCUUUCAUGAGCUGUGUCUUCUUUCAGGUGUUUUAUUUCAUGAGAUAUGUCUUCUUUCAGGUGUCUUCUUUCAUGACCUUUCUCUUCUUUCAGGGUGUCUUCUUUCAGGUGUCUUCUUUCAUGACCUGUGUCUUUCUUUCAUGAGCUUUCAGUGUCUUCUUUCAUCAGGUGUUUUCUUUCAUGAGCUCUGUCUUUUUUCAGGUGUGUCUUCUUUCAUGACCUGUCUUUUCUUUCUUCAUGAGCUGUGUCUUCUUUCAGGUGUUUUCUUUCAUGAGAUCUGUCUUCUUUCAGGUGUCUUUUCUUUCAUGACCCGUCUUCUUCUUUCAUCUUUCAGUGUCUUCUUUCAGGUGUCUUCUUUCAUGACCUGUGUCUUCUUUCAUGACCCGUUUUCUUUCAGUGUCUUCUUUCAGGUGUUUUCUUUUCAUGAGAUAUGUCUUCUUUCAGGUGUUUUCUUUCAUGAGAUGUGUUCUUCUUUCAGGGGUCAUCUUUCAGGUGUCUUCUUUCAUGAGCUGUGUCUUUCUUUCAUGAGCUGUGUCUUCUUUCAGGUGUUUUCUUUCAUGAGCUCUGUCUUCUUUCAGGUGUCUUCUUUCAUGACCGUGUUUUCUUUCAUGAGCUCUGUCUUCUUUCAGGUGUCUUCUUUCACUGUUUUCUUUCAUGAUAUGUCUUCUUUCAUGUGUUUUUCUGUGUCUUCUUUUUCAGGUGUUUUUUUCUUUCAUGUCUUCUCUGUCUUCUUUCAGGUGUCUUCUUUCAUGACCUGUCUUCUUUCAGGUUUUUCUUUCAUGAGCUAUGUCUUCUUUCAGGUGUUUUCUUUUUUUGUCUUCUUUCUGUCUUCUUUCAGAGUGUCUUCUUUCAUGACCCAUGUGUCUUCUUUCAUGAUCUUUCAUCUUCUGUGUCUUCUUUCAUGUUUUCUUUUCUUUCAUGAGCUUCUUUCUUCUUUCAGGUCUUCUUUCAUGUGUCUUCUUUCAGGUGUUUUCUUUCAUGAGCUCUGUCUUCUUUCAGGUGUCAUCUCUUCAGGUGUUUUCUUUCAUGAGCUCUGUCUUCUUCUUUUUCAGGUGUUUUCUUUCAUGAGAUGUGUCUUCUUUCAGGGGUCAUCUUUCAGGUGUGUUUUUCUUUUCAUGAGCUCUGUCUUCUUUCAGGUGUCUUCUUUCAUGACCCGUGUCUUCUUUCAUGUCUUCUUUCAGUGUUUUUCUUCUUUUUUCUUUCAUGAGAUGUGUCUUCUUUCAGGGUGUGUUUUCUUUCAUGAGAUGUGUCUUCUUUCAGGGUGUCAUCUUUCAGGUGUUUUCUUUCAUGACCUGUGUGUCUUCUUUCAUGAGCUGUGUCUUCUUUCAGGUGUUUUCUUUUUCUUUCAUGAGCUCUGUCUUCUUUCAGCUGUGUCUUCUUUCAUGAGCUGUGUCUUCUUUCAUGGUGUUUUCUUUCAUGAGAUCUGUCUUCUUUCAGGUGUCUUCUUUCAUGACCCGUGUCUUCUUUCAUGA